ACUUUUCACUGGAAUUUAUAGGCCAAGUGGAUACGGGCACACCGAACGAAACGCAACUCGGAGCAAGAAAAUCGACGUUAACUUUUUUGAUCAAUUACAAUAGGAAAAUCCGGCCGCAGAUCGCAAGUGCCCUUAUCGCCCCCUUGUCACGCCCACUGCCGCCCACGCUGCCACUCCCCCUGUCGCGGGGUCACAUCUAUAGAGAGCGCUGCGUGUGUGUGUGUGUGAGAGUGUUCGAGGAAGAAAAAGAAACAAGAAGAAAAAAAAUACAGGCAGCGAAAAGCGAUAAGAAACAGAACACACUGGAAAAAACGAAUGCGAUAAGCAACAGGGCAAGCGGAAAAAGCACAGAUUCUGGGAUGGAUUAGCAGCACAGCUUGCGUGGAUUGUGUGGUCAGCCAACAGUGGGAUCUGGGUCAGAAUCGAGUUCGGGAUUGGGAUCAGGAUCAGGAGUAAGAUCAGCCAUCAUGUCAUCCGCGGUGGACAUCCAGAUCGUUUCGAUGCCCAAUCUGGCCAAGAUUGAGAGCUUUCUCAAGGACGUCAGCUACCGGGAGACGAUCGAGUACAGUGCAAACUUCAACACGCGGCUGUGCAUCGAGCGGCGCCUCCGGCUGCCCUUUCUUGAUCCGCAGACGGGCGUCGCCCAGAACCACUCGCAGCUAUUCCUGGACAAGCGCCAGCGGAUGCCCGGCUUCAAGCAGGGCCAGAUCUACACCUAUCCAGCUGCCCGCUGGCGAAAGAGCCGUCGUCAGUACUUGAACAAGAUGUACAGUCGCUUUCCGGAGCGUCCCUUCCAGGCGCUGCGCAAGGAGCACGAGGCUCUGGUGGCCAGCGGCGCCAAUUUGGGACUGAGCAGCCUGAACAGCGGCGCGGCCUCCAUCCCCGGCGGCAACAGCCUGGCGAGCAGCUCCUCGCUGACGCUCAAUAUGCUCACUGGCGGCGGAGCUGCGCCGGCGGUGCUGGGUUCUCUGCACAGCGGCGAUACGGCACACGAUUUCAAUGGGGCCUUCAGCCUGGAGGAGUCUAGCUCGCUGGGCGCCGCCGGCGGUGAUACCUCCGACAGCAAGGACAGCCAACAGCAGCAGCAGGCGCAUCAGCAGAUACAACAGCACCACCAGCAGCAGCAGGCCGUCAAGGAGGAGCAGCUGCCCAAGGACUGGUUCUACGAUGACAUGGACAUGAACGAUGUGGACUCGCUGGAGGAGCCCAAGUCGCCGGCAGACGAUGAGUACGACUACGAUCCGCGCUACGGCAACAAGAAACGACGCAAGCGGCGACCGGGCAAACGAGGCGGAGACUCCGGCGGCGGCGGCGGUGGUGGAGGCGCCAGCGGUGGCGGCAACUCUGGCGCUGGCUCCAGCUCGAGGCGACGCAGUGCCGCGGCCAGGUCGCGCAUCACGACGACAGAUGCGGCGCUGGACGCCUCGCUAGAGGCGAUCGAAUCCGGUGAGAGUGUGCCGGGCAGCAAUGGCGGAACGGUCUCGGUCGGCGGAAUCCUCAGCAGCAGUCUGGGAGCGGGAUUGGCUGGCGUUUCGGGAUCCGGCGGCGGAGCAGGUGGAGCGGCAGGAGCUGCGGCAAAUAGCCGACGCUCUCGGGGAGCAGGAACUCGCGGCCGUCGACGAACCAAGGGACCGGCGGGCGCCGUUGGAGCCGCGUGCGAUCCGACAAUUCCUGGCAUGGGCAUCGAACCGCCAUCCUUCGAGAGCGCUGCUGCUGCGGUGGGCGUGGUCGAGGACGCAAACGCUCAUCUGCGCAACUAUCGGAAGUAUCUGUAACCGAUCUUUCAGAAAAACUAAUUCGUCGUGUAUUCAAUCAAUCCCCCUGUUUUCGUAUUGUUUUCUCUCGCCUAUCGAUCGAUCUACUUUUCGCACCUAAUUUAAAAAUAGUUUAUAAGCCUUAGUUGAUUACUGUUGCUCCAAAAAGGAAAAAAAAAAAAAAAAAAUAUUACGAAACGAAUCAAAAACAUUGUGGACCAGGAACAGAAACAGGAUUAGGAUCGGGAUCACGAAAAGGACAGCGCACCAGGCCGUAGCCAAUACAAUUCCAACGUUUCGCCUCUCUUAACUUUACGUUCCCAUAGCCAAUUGAUUGUUGUUUUUGAACUACAAAAAGAUUUGGGAACUUCUGUACAAGAAAACUGUACUAGAAACUUCUUAUGUAACAUUUCGAAAAUCAACUGUUUUACUAAACGGAACAUUUUUCAAUUAGCAAUGUCAUUUAAUCAUUUUAAUCUGUAUUUUAAAGUUGUAGAAGCAGUUAUGGAGUUUAAUCAAAUUUUGUUAGGGAAGAAAAAUUGUAUAUUAAACUAAAUCAUGCCAAAAAUUUAAAAGAGGUUUUAAAAGAUCCCUAAAUCCUUUUGAAACAGCAUAAACCAAAAUUUGUAAAAUCUCUUAGAUUAUCCUGAAUCAAGUUUUAAGAGUUUUCUUUACAGAAGUUCCCCAAUCUAUAUCCUAUAUUGUACAUUAUAUAUAUGAGUGUACAGGAAUUAUAUAUAUUAACAUGCAUUAUCUUAGCGACUAUACUUAAAGCAAGUCCGCUUUUUGGACGAGCUAUCCACCUAUUCGCAAUCUCUCGGUUUCUGUUGCUGCAUGUUCUCUAUAAUCUACUUUAUCUAUCUCCCCUCCCCACCAUAUUAUAUUCAAUUUUUUUUUAAAUAACCGAAAUUUUAGUUAAAAAGGUGACAAUUCAAAUUGUAAUAUUUUUAGGCAAGUGGUAGGGUAUCUCUAGCAUAUAGAAAAAAACACUUUCGUAAACCAAAAUUUUUUCUAGGAUCAUAAUUCUUAAGCUGAGCUGCAAAACGAAAAAAAAUUUUAACGAAGCAAAAAAACACGAUCAAAAUGUAAAUUUGGUAAAUCAAAGUCCACAAAAUUUUAACAAGUGAGAGUUAAAAAUCAGACAAAAUACCACAAGAGAAGGCAAAAAAAAAAUGGAAAUAGGUUUCUAAGAUGUUUUAAUAUAUUUUGUAAUAACAA